AUGCCCGACCAAAUCUCAGUGCUGUUCGUCUGUCUCGGCAACAUUUGCCGAUCCACCAUGGCGGAAGGCGUCUUUCAGUCGCUGGCAAGGAAACCGCCAUACGAGGACCUUGUUGGGAAGAUUGACUCGUGCGGGACUGGCGGCUAUCACAUCGGCGAAGGGCCAGACGAACGGACGAUGUCGACGCUAGAGGACCAUGGAAUCACAGACUAUGUGCAUUACGCUCGCAAGGUCGAUGCCUCGGACUUCGACAAGUUCGACUACAUCUUCGCGAUGGACCGGGGCAACCUCGAGGAUCUCCAGCGCAUCCAGCGGCGCAAGCGCAACAGCAAAGCCAAGCUUAUGCUCUUCGGCGAGUACUCCGGCACGGGCAAGACCGAGGUCAUUAGCGAUCCGUACUAUGGCGGUAGGCAAGGCUUCGAGAAGGCGUAUGAGCAAGCGACCCGGUUCUCGAUAAAUUUCCUGAAGGAGGUAUUUCCGGAUGUCGAGCCACCCAAUCUUUGA